AUAGCGCAGUCGCAGUGGGAGCGGAGGCAGUCGAAGAGGAAAUUCGCAAACCGUUGGAGUCUCUCCCAUAGUUUGUGCUUGGAUACAGUCAUUGCCCAACAUUUAUUUUAAAUAAAGCAGGGGCUAAUAUGGCGACGUUGGGACCAGACCCUCGUCCCCAUUCCCAGCUCGCUUCUGCCUCGAUACAAAGUAACAUCAGUGGCAAUAACCUGCCUCCCAACCGCGGCUUGGAAAGAGCGUUGGAAGAAGGAGCGAACUCCGGGUUUUUGAACCUCAGCGCCAGGAAACUCAAAGAAUACCCCAGGACAGCAUCUAACUACGACUUAUCAGAUACGGUGGAAGCAGACCUGUCGAGGAAUCGUUUGGCGGAGGUCCCCUUAGAGGUGUGUCACCUGGUUGCCUUGGAAAUGCUGAACCUCUAUCACAACUGUAUCAAGACCAUUCCUGACACCAUCAUCAACCUACAGUCACUCACCUCCUUAAACCUCAGUCGGAACCAGCUGUGUGCUCUGCCAGCCUCCCUAUGUGGGUUACCCCUACGAGUCCUCAUUGCCAGCAACAACAAACUUGUGUGUAUACCUGAGGCCAUCGGACAGCUCAGGAGCCUCAUGGAGCUGGAUGUGAGCUGUAAUGAAAUCACUGCUCUGCCCCGUCACAUCGGCCGACUCAAGGCCCUCCGAGAACUCAACGUCCGCAGGAACCUGCUCUGUGUCCUACCUGAAGACUUGGCGGAGCUUCCCCUGGUGAAGUUUGAUUUCUCCUGUAACAAGGUGUCCACCAUCCCAGUGUGCUACAGGAAAAUGUCCCAGCUUCAGUCACUACAGCUGGAGAACAACCCCCUACAGAGCCCACCUGCACAGAUCUGCAUAAAGGGAAAAGUUCACGUAUUUAAGUACCUGAGCAUCGAGGCGUGUCGGAGUGACAAGAUGCCUGACUCUCUCUACCUGCCUGUCAUGGAGCGCCUCAGCCUAUCACGCCCCACCACUGGCAGCACGGAGGACAUUGACCAGAAUAAGAAACAGGACACUGACUCAGGAGUUGGCAGUGACAACGGGGACAAAAGACUGUCUGCCACCGAGCCCUCAGACGAGGACAGCUUGAGUCUCAAUGUCCCCAUGUCCCACAUCACAGAGGAGGAGGGGCUAAGCAAAGACGACUCCAGCGAACACAUCAGCGCCCUCACAGCGGACGGGGUGCGACUGAUAGAGGAGAGCCCCACUGAGGCCCUGAAGGAACAGUUUGGCUACAGAGACUCUUCUGCUCUCAGCAACUGCUUUGUCAGCUACAUCAAGGGACGGGCGGCAGACUACGACGAGCCCCUCCGGAUAGAAGAAGAAACACACUGGGCCUCUGAACAGACGUCAAAGGUCACAGAAGGAACACACAUUGCCAUGAUCAACCAGCUGAAGGAGGCUGUGGAGCUACUACAAGACCCUAACAGAGUGAAUAUGGAAACAGAGGACCUGUCUGGAAUUCAGCUCUACCCUGUUGAGAUGGUCAUGUUGGAGGACACUCUCAAUGGCCAAGGCAGUGAAGGACAAACCACACCCAAGUGGGACACUCCCGAAGGUGGCUUUGAGUUCCAGAAGAAACGAGAGUUGAUUCUAGAGAGGGCCAGGCUGGAGGCCCAGAUUGCAUGCCAACAAUAUGAGACACAUAUGUCCAACCAGGGAGAAGACAGAGUUCCAGGCAGCGGUCCCACGUUUACCACCCCUGCCUUUGGGCUGAAGCCCCGUUCUGUAUUCCUGAGGACCCAUAAGAGCCUGGAGUCUGUUGACCCUCAGUUCACCAUGAGGAGGAAGAUGGAACAGCUGAGAGAAGAGCUGGAGCUGAUGGAACAACUCAGAGACAGCAUAGAAAGCAGACUGAAGGUGGCUCUUCCUGAAGACCUAGGCUCCUCCCUCAUGGACGGGGUGGUGCUAUGCCAUCUGGCCAAUCACAUUCGCCCACGCUCCGUGGUCAGCAUCCAUGUGCCCUCGCCUGCUGUGCCCAAACUCAGCAUGGCCAAGUGUCGGAGGAACGUAGAGAACUUCCUGGAUGCCUGUAGGAAAAUGGGCGUUCCUGAGGAUAAGCUGUGUUUGCCUCAUCACAUACUAGAGGAGAAGGGUAUGAUCAAGGUGAGCGUGACGGUCCAGGCGCUGGUGGAUGAGACCUCAACCAAGCAUGCUCUCUUCACGUGAGAGGGAAGGAGACCAACAUAUAGACAGACACACACCACUUAGUCUGGGGUUCAUUUAGUCAAAGUGAUGAACACCGUUGCCAUUGUACCUCCUGAAAUAGCCUUUUCCAAGGGGCUGUAGCUUGUAUCAGUCUUCCUUUCGUGAUUCUUACAACCAUGGUUUCAAGUUAUAAUGUGAUGCAUGGGGUGCCCGAAAACACAGUAGUGGGCUGUACUAAUGUGGAUAUUCGAAGCUGACAGAGGUGUCCACAUGGAUGGUUUUUAAUUAUUACAGGAGUGCCCUGGUUUGUUAUGGGAGCCUCCAGUACCCUUGGACAUUCCUGUAGCUUGAACCCUGCCUACAACAACUUAUAGCAUGCUGCACUGUGUAUGAUUGACUAUGCAUUUCAUGGGCUGUCAGUUUCUACCCCUCUAUUUCUAAGGCCAGGUAUUAUCACCCUCACUCAUUUCAGACUAGACACCUAACACUCCAACAUAGCGGUCACUCUGCUACAGCUUCCCUAUUUAAAGAUGUUUAUAAUAAAUAUGGCCACGUGGUUGAGAGUUGUAUCCAUUGAAAAUAAUCCCCCAAAUAUUUUCUCUAAUAGCUAAUAUAUUUUAGGUAUAGUUCUGUAUACUGUAUGUUUUACUUUGAAUUUGUCUCUCACCUCGUCUGUAGAGGUUGAAAUGUUGUCCUAAGAUUGUGGGAACCUGGUGUUUAUGAAUUGGAAUCUGUGGGUAUGUAACUCAGGGAGGAGGUUGUAGGCUUACUACACUGUUAUGAUCCAUUCCCUAGACUGCUUAUUUGUCAAUGGUAUUACUUGCGUGUGGUGUGUGUGUGACUGCAUGCGUGAGAGACAGAAGAAAAGCGUUAGAUGGAAUGAAAAAGAGCAAAUGAAUGGGUUUGUAUGUCCUAGUACAUUCUAUACUGCUAAAUAGCCUUGAAGUGUCUGGUGAUGCUGACCAUGUCAGGUGGUCAUGUAGGACCAGCAAAGUAACUGAAAUGCAUUCACUGAUUUAGAGACACUGUUGGCAGCAUCUGAAGAGUAGUGCUUGAGUGCCCAAUAUCCUACUACUACACAAACAGCAGAACACUCCAAUAUAAGCAUACUAGGUGUGUGUGUGAGUGGUGUUUUUUUUUAUUGUACAGAUAUAAUGCAUUUUCUACAGCUUGGUAUCCAAAGCUUAAGCUUAGCAGUAAAAUCAAACACAAUGUUUCACUGGAUAGAUUUGACAGUUGCCAAAACAACUAAACAGUUUUUUUUCAGAGCCACUUAUGAUCUAAUGUCUUUAGUAUGGUAAUAUCUUUUUUAUGAGAAGUGGUAAUGUGAUGAUGGUUUGUGCAAGUGGAUUUCGUAUUUAGAAAGUAUUUCUAACUUUAUUAAUAGUAUUUCUUUUAAAUAUUUUAGUUAAACUAACAGUCACUGCCAUACAUAAACAGCCACACUUCUCAGGCAAAGUGACCAAUCUCUUAAAAUCAGGAUCUGGAGUGAUCUUGUUAACAUAGCUAUAAUGCAAAGUAAUCAUAUUUACAACAGUACGACAAUUCAUGUACAGCUAACUGCCAAAACCGCUUCAAUACACUUAAUGUGCCUUGGCUGGAACUCUUGGAGGGAUGCAAUGCCAUUCUUCCACAAUUUGGUGUUUUGUUGAUGGUGGUGGAAAAUGUUGUCUCAGUCGCCUCUCCAGGAUCUCCCAGAAGUGUUCAAUUGAGUUGAGAUCUGGUGACUGACACACGCACACACACACUUAAAAUGAUGGGCAACUGGGAAUUUUUCUACAUACAUGACCCUAAGCAGGAUGAGAUGUCUUAAUUGCUUAAUUAACUCAGGAAUCACACCUGUGUCGAAGCACCUGCUUUCAAUAUACUUUGUAUCCCUCAUUUACUCACGUGUUUCCUUUAUUUUAUCAAUUACCUGUAUAUAUUGUAGCUUAUAUUUAAAAUAAUUCACAAUGCAUAAAAAAUACUCAAAGUAAUUGCCUUUCCACUUAGCUAAAUAUAACUACUAACGGGUAAAAAUACCAGUAACCCCUUCUCCCAGUUCUAACGUUUUCUUCAAUAUUUUUAUGAUCGACCAGAGAGAUGUGGAGACUGAAGGGAAAUGUGACAGGGAUAUUUGUUAAGAGAACGUUGCUGUGUAGUUUGUUUCACUUUUAGUCAUUAUGGAGGUUUGGGCCAUGCGCUGCAAACCUUUUUAGAAACUUAACGAGAGGACUUUACAUGAAAAGAGAUCAUUACUUUACUAUUAAUUGAUUAGUCAUUCAAUCCUUUUGACCUUUUGGGAGGUUGAUAUUUAUUGUCAUGAAUCUUGCCCUGGAGACAGAAUUAAGGAUUUAUGCUAGAUGGGCCAGCUGCAAAGUCAAAGUUGGCUAUAUUGAAAAAAUUCAGAGGUUUUUAAAUGUAUGGUUGGGCAUUAGGGUUAGCAGUGUAGUUAUGGUUCGAAUCUGAUAUGACUUUGUGGCUGUGCCAGCUAGUGACCUCUCUGCAGAGCUGCCUGCAGGGCAAGAUUCAUUACAAUAAAUGCCAACCUGCCUUUGGGAGUGGCUGUGUGGCUGCCUACAGGCCUGAAAUGAUCUGCACUUUAAUAAUAAAAAUAAGUAUUUAUAGUUGUUUGUUUUGGCAACUAACAAAUCUGAGCUCCAUUUUGAUUUAGAAAUGUGUGUAUGGCAUAAUAUGAAAUGAAUUUGAACUAUAUCAUUGUGAGAAAUGUUAUAACCACAGUGUAACUGUUGACUGCUGAGUGUUGAGCAGUUGUUUUCUACCUUUCUCUGUACAUAGUCCUGAAAGCUUGUACUCAGUUUUGAACUUAUGAUUGGGAGGACAUUUAUUUUAAAGUGAUGGUUUUUUUGUAUGUUUUUUUUGCAUUUUGAUGUACCAUAUACAAUUUUGUACCUUUUGUCAAAUUGGUGUAUUUGUUGUACAGCAAUUUGGAUUUGAUUGCAUGAAACACCCCUUUAACGUCACCCUAACUGCUGUGAAUACUGUAUAUAUUUCUCAUCACUUUGAGUAAAGACCUUAUCUGAAAAAAA